ACCCACGCACUUACGUCAUUACGUCAUCACGUAUGAGUACACGUUCACGAUCUCGCGACUGUCCGCGAGAGUGGAAUUUAAAAACAGGCGGCAGUUGGAGAAGAAAACAGGAAACGGAAAGAUGACCGCGGACACCGAGCUCGACAUUAAAGAGGCGUUUCAGCGCGCUCAGAAAGGCCACAACAACAAGGCGAAGCUGGUGGCGAGCCUGAAGAGCCGCUACAGCAAACUCGAGGACAAGACACUGUUCCACGAGGAGUUCGUCCAUUACCUGAAGUACGCCAUGAUUGUCUACAAGCGCGAACCUGUGGUUGAAAAUGUCAUCGAGUUUGUUGCGAGGUUCGCCACGAGUUUCCAAUCUCCACCUAAAACGGAGGAGGAGCAGCAGCAGGAGAAUGAAGACGAAGAAGAAGAAGAAGAAGAGGAUGAGGAUGAUCAUCCAUUUCUGAGUUUCAUCUUUAACUUCCUGUUGGAGUCUCAUAAAGCCAGUAGCCAUGCGGUGCGUUUCCGUGUGUGCCAGCUGAUCAACAAGUUGCUUGGCAGUAUGGCGGAGAAUGCCCAGAUAGAUGACGACCUGUUCGAUCGCAUCCACCAAGCCAUGCUGGUCCGUGUCACUGACAAGUUCCCCAAUGUGAGGAUUCAGGCUGCUUUGGCCAUGACGCGCCUGCAGCAGCCAAAAGAUGCCGACUGUCCAACCAUCAACGCUUACCUGUUGAUUCUGGAAAAUGAUACCAAUGCUGAGGUGCGACGUGCCGUCCUUUCCUGCAUUGCGAUGUCACCUCGCACCCUCCCCAAAGUCCUCAAACGCACCCGAGACAUCAAAGAGAACGUCCGCAAACUAGCCUACCAGGUUCUGGCUGACAAGGUUCACAUUAAAGCUAUGACCAUCGCACAGAGAGUUAGUCUACUGCAGCAGGGUCUCCAUGACUCCUCAGAAGCGGUGAGGGAGGUGGUUUGCUCUCGUCUUCUGCCGGCCUGGCUGCUCCGGCUGGACGGUAACGUCAUCGAGAUGCUCCACAGGCUGGAUGUGGAGAACUGCGCUCCAACAGCUCUGGACACACUGAAAGCCGUCUUCAAAGGCAUGCCGACUGAAGAACUGCUGCAGAACAGACUGCAGCUUGACAACAGGAAACUGAUCCUGGAGGACUCUCUGUCCUGUGAGAAUGUGCUUUACUGGAGAGCUCUGUGUGAGUUCAUCAAAGCUAAAGGAGACGAUGGUGAUGAAAUGUUGGAGCAAGUGUUACCGGACGCUGCCACCUAUGCAGACUACCUCUACGGAUAUCUGAAGGCGGUGCCUGUGCUGUCAGAGGAGCAGAGGGCCAACUUCAACCAGCUGGAGCUGGUCAUGACCAAGGAGUUCAUCUCCCAGCAGCUCAUCCAUCUCAUCGGAUGUCUGGACACCGAUGAGGAGGGCGGCAGGAAGCGCGUGUUGGCGGUCCUCCAGGAGAUGUUGGCUCUUCCACAGACUCCCUCCUCCCUGGUCUCCCUUCUCACUGAGAAACUCAUCGCCCUCAUUCCUGACGACCACAGACGCAUUCAGACUGUGGCAGAAAUCAUAUCAGAUGUGAGGGAGCCCAUCACGGAGGCCAGUCAGCCGGUGAAUGAGAAUGAGAGCCGUCGGCAGCAGGUCCAGCUAGCAGAGGUGAAGGUGCGUAUCUUGGAGGCCAAACAAACCCUGGAGGACUUUAUCACCGCCCAGGAGUUCAGCCGCGCCGCAGAGCUGAAGGACACCAUCACGGAGCUCGAGAACCGCAGGAACGCCAUCCUCCAGGAGAUCGCAGCGAGCAGCCAGCCGGUCGAUAAGGAGGUCCACGGCGAAAAGAAUGAUCCAGAGACUCUCCUGCGGUGUCUAACGAUGUGUGCAGAGCUGCUGAAGCAGAUGAGCAUCAAGACACGGAUUGGUCCAACUAUAAGCGCCUUAAUGUCCUCACUGAUCCUGCCCAGCAUAGCGAACGCUCACCCUGCUGUCCGUAACAUGGCCGUGGUGGGUUUGGGAACAUGCACUCUGCACAGCAAGGAGCUGGCCAAAACUCACAUGGUCCUGCUGCUACAGAUCGCUCAGCUGGAUGAGGUAAAGAUCCGUAUCAGUGCUCUGCGGGCCAUCAUCGACCUGCUGCUGCUGUUCGGCUUCCAGCUGCUCUCCGAAGCAGCUGCCAAUCAGACAGCGCCGUCCUCCCAAUCGCCAGACAGACAGGACGAGGACGCAGCAGGGGCCGAGGAGAAAGGAGACGUCCCUGAGGACACUGCACAGAGUAUACUUGUGAUGCUUUCAGAGUUCCUGGACAGUGAGGUGUCUGACCUGCGCACAGAGACAGCAGAGGGUCUGGCUAAACUAAUGUACACCGGCCGAAUCUCCAGCGCUAAGAUGUUCUCCCGUCUGGUGCUGCUGUGGUACAACCCCGUCACUGAGGACGACACCCGACUGCGGCACUGCCUCGGCGUCUUCUUCCAGCUCUACGCCCGAGAGAGCAGGGCUCACCAGGAGGUCGUGGAGGAGAGUUUCCUGCUGACUGUCCGGACUCUAAUGAAUGCCCCGGCCACCUCUCCACUGGCUGAGGUGGAUAUUAACAACGUGGUGGAGCUACUUGUGGAGCUCACGCGUCCAAGUGCGCUCAUUAAACCCUCGACUAACACCGAGGAGGUGUGCGUGCACGACUACAUCGCGGUGCGUAUGUGCGGGGAGAUGCUGAAGGACCCCACAGCCCCCGAGGUGCGUCUCUAUGCCAAGACUCUGAGCAACCUGGAGCUGAGCAGAGACGAGACCGUCAAGAAAGACCUGCUGACGCUGCUGCAGCAGCUCGCACAGGUGGUGAAGGAUCGUGUCUGUCUCCGCGCUCUGGAAAAGAUGAUCGAUCAGCUGGUCGACUCAAGGGAACAGGCCGAGCUCCUCAGUGCCAGCGCGCUACAACCGUUGGACGUCAACGCAGAUGAGGCUGCAACAGACGAUCCAUCUAAAUCUGCCAAGCGAGCCAAAAGAGGUCAGAGGAAAGUCUGCGCAGCCAAAGGAGGUAGAAAGUCGAGCAGGAGGGCAGAGUCAUCCGAGGAGAGCGACGGAGAAAAUGUUCCAGAGUCGGUUCCAGUGGUGCGUCCUUCACGGAGGGCCAAGACUGCAGCUCUGGAGAAGACGAAGCUGGACCUCAACACUCUGAUCAACCAGGAGGCCAAUGUGUCAUAGAAGUCAGGCUACGAGCAGCUCGUGUAAAAAUUAAAUGAGCUUUGUAACUAGUGUCUAAGUACUCUUUUAAUGAAAUUCACACGUAUGGAAAUAUUUACUUUUCUUUAGUACCACUGACGUCAGCACAUGUAACCAAACCUGCAGUGUCUUUGACUUAAAGUCCUGAAAAUGUUUCACGUCUUUGUGUGUUGUCAUAAUUCUACUUUUUUUUUGUCUGUAUGUUUUCAACUUUGAGUCAUUUUAACCAUUAAAGUGAAAUAUAUGU